GCUGGCAUAAAUAAAUAGUGGGUGACUGGCAAACAGAGGUUCAUUUGCCUGGAGCACCUGGGGCCGAGAAGAAGCGAUCUGCCAUGCUGCACCUCCUGUCCAUGCUUGUCCUGCUCGUGCAACUCCCGGGGAACGAGGGAGCAGAAGUGAAGACCCUCUCGCAGAGAUCAGUACCCAAUGCCUGCACCCUUGUCAUGUGCAGCCUCGUAGAGAAUGGCCUGCCUGGCCGUGAUGGACGGGAUGGGAGAGAGGGUCCUCGGGGCGAGAAGGGUGAUCCAGGUUUGCCAGGACGUGUGGGACUCUCGGGGAUGCCUGGCCCUGCAGGUCCAGUUGGACCCAAGGGGGACAAUGGCUCUGCUGGAGAACCUGGACCAAAGGGAGACUCUGGAGCACGUGGACCUCCAGGACCUCCGGGUGUGCCUGGACCAGCUGGGAACGAAGGCCCUUCUGGGAAGCAGGGGGACAUAGGACCUCAAGGCAUACCAGGUCCUAAAGGAGAGGCUGGGCCAAAAGGAGACGUAGGUGCUCCGGGCAUGAAAGGAUCUGCAGGGGCAAAUGGCCCUGUGGGCCCCAAGGGAGAAAGAGGUGCCCCUGGUGAGCCAGGAGCCCCUGGAAAUGACGGGGCAGCAGGACCUACGGGAGCUGUGGGUCCACAGGGAGCUUCAGGACCCAGAGGGCCCCCAGGACUCAAGGGGGACAGAGGUACUCCUGGGGAAAAAGGAGCCAAAGGUGACAGUGGACUUCCAGAUAGCACUGCACUGAAUCAACAGGUGGAGGCCUUAAAAGGACAACUACAGAAUCUAGAAGCUUCCUUUACUCGCUAUAAGAAAGCCGCGAUCUUCCCUGAUGGCCGAAGCAUUGGAGACAAGAUCUUCAGGACGAGCGGCUCCGAACAGUCUUUUGCGGAUGCCCAGGAGGUGUGCAGGCAGGCUGGAGGGCAGCUGGCCUCCCCACGUUCUGCUGCCGAGAACACCGCCAUACAGCAGCUGAUCACAGUGUACAAUAAAGCUGCCUUUCUGAGCAUGACAGACGUGCGCAGAGAGGGCACGUUCGUUUACCCCACAGGAGAAGCCCUGGUCUAUAUCAACUGGGCUCCCGGGGAGCCCAACAACAAUGGCGGAUCAGAGAACUGUGUGGAGAUCUUCACCAAUGGCCAAUGGAACGACAAAAGUUGUGGAGAGAAGCGUCUUGUUGUCUGUGAGUUCUGAGUCUCUAGGGGCGGAGAUGGGACAAUACUGGACCAGUAGAUUGGCCACUGGGGUAUGGCUCAGACCUGUGUGUUGCCAACAUCCUAAUAAAAUGUGACUACCUGCCUAGCUUAGGUUCUCUGUAAAAAUCAGGCCAAAGGCAGGGUUACCUCAGAGCCCAAAUCUCAGAGGAAUGUGCAUGGAUGUCUUCCCAUGCUGAAAAACUCUUAGGAGAAAGAGAGAUCACCCUGUUUUCCCCAUUGUAGGGGAUGAAAGUCCAUCUCUAUGACCUGCCACAGAAUGUGAUGCCUUGGCCCUGAGGCUCUUUUAAGCCUCAGCUGUGUUUGGCCUGACUAACAGCAUCCUCUCUAAACUUUCCUCUUUGGACUUUCUCCACUCUUGCCUGAGGUCCCUGGUGUCCCCACUGCUCCUGAUGGCUUUGUCUUACAUACCUAUUGUUCUCCUUCACCAUCUAGUGGGUACACACAGGCCCUAGUUCUGUUCUCAUUCACUCGAGCGUGAGAUCACCCUGGCUCCUGGCUUUAUUUUCCAUCUGUGGGCCAUUUCUGGUCAGGAUUUCUUUUUGAUGCCCCCAAACUAAAAAGUGGUAGGCUAGAGACCUC